AUGACUACCACUGUCACAACUAACACAUCCACGGCUACCACUGUCACAAUUACCAACGCCACGGCUACCACUGUCCCAACUACCACCGCCACGGCUACCACUGUCACAACUAACACAUCCACGGCUACCACUGUCACAACUACCAACGCCACGGCUACCACUGUCCCAACUACCACCGCCACGGCUACCACUGUCACAACUAACACAUCCACGGCUACCACUGUAACAACUACCGCGGCCACGGAUAUCAAUGUCACAACUACCACCGCCAUUGCUACAACUGUUACAACUACAACCGCCACAACUACCACGGUCACAAGUACCACCGCCACGGCUACCACUGUCACAAGAACCACCGCCACGGCUACCACUGUCACAAUCUACCACCGCCACGACUACCACUGUCACAACUGCCAUCACCACGGCGUUAACUGUCACAACUAUUAG